AUGGCAGAUCAACCAGCAGCUCGCACUUUGCGCGAUUAUUUAACGCCAGAAAGAGGUCCACAUGUCUCCCCCAUAGCCAUUCCCACUUGCACUGCCGCCAAUGCGUUUGCUUUCAAGCCAGAAUACCAUUGGGUUAUCCCAGAGUUUCGGGGGCGUGAAUUGGAGGAUCCCUAUGCCCACAUUCGAGAAUUCGAAACUAUUGUUAGCACCUUUGUGACCGGGCCGGGACAGCUAGAUCAAGCUCGCCUGAAGUUAUUUCCCUUUUCGCUCAAGGACAAGGCUAAGCAGUGGUUCCAUUCUUUGAAGCCCUGCUCCUUGCUCACAUGGGGGGAAGUGCAAGAUGUGUUCACCACCAAGUUCUUCCCGUCUAAGCAGCUUCUGGAUACUAUGGGGAGCGGUGAUUUCAUGGGGAAGGACCCCGACGCCGCUUGGGAAUUCUUAGAUGCUUUGGCCGAGCGAGCUCAAACUUGGCAAUACAUUGAUCCGGGUGACCAAGCUAUGAGAAAUCAAGGACCGGGAGGCUCCGGUAAGUUUUUAGUGAAUGAGCAGAACGGUCUUGAGACGCGGUUGGAUGAGCUCUCGUUAAAGUUGGACAGAAUGAAGCUAGAUUCGAAAGAAGCGAAAGAAGCGAAAGAAGUGAAAGAGGUUCGCCAAGUGGAAGAAGUUUGUGUCAUUUGCGAGACUACGGCUCAUUCGACCGACAACUGUCAUACCAUCCCCACCCUUCGACAGUACUAUAAUCAACUCCCUGAAGAAGUAUGUGCACUGAAUCAACGUUGGGAUCCAUAUUCCAACACUUAUAAUCCGGGGUUGCGGUCUAAUCCAGCUUUCCGUUGGAGUAACCAGAAUGAGGCUGGCUCGUCAACUUCUCAAGGUCCUCCUCCUCCUCAGAAUCAAACAUGGCGCCAAUCUCAGUUUCAAGGUCAACCACGGUUUCCUUCGGCACAAUCUCAAGGCCCGCCAGGAUUCAUACCACCGAGCCAAUUCCAAGGGCAAAAUCAAUUUCAGCAGCAACCAGCUCCACCUCCACGACAUUCUCUGGAGGAUUCUCUGAAUGCAUUCUGUCAAAUGCAAACGACCACUAAUGAGCAAACUACUCAAGCGAUGAACGACAUAAGGAAUCAAGUGGGUAAAUUAACAACGGCUAUCGGUGUAUUGCAACAAGAAAAAGGCAAACUACCUACCCAGCCUCAACCAAACCCUCAAGGCCAACAUUUUGCACAAGGCUCUUCGGUGACUUUCCCUGAGCAAGUAAAGGCCAUAAUAUCGUUGAGAAGUGGGAAGACGGUUGAUAAUGCUCAAGUGGAGCCGCCGGUUGCGCAAAUCUUGUUACCUUUUCCGGCACCAUUGAAGCCCACAAUGCCAAAUGGGGAAUCUCCCAAACCGGUUCCUACGGAAGAAGAGAAGGGAAAAGCCAAAGAAGUUGAGGUUCCACAAACUUUCACCGUUCCCGCUCCAUAUCCUAACCGACUUAAGUCGCCUGCCAAGCCGAAUUUGAACAGUGAUAUCUACGAAGUUCUCCAGAAAGUGACGGUUAACCUUCCUUUGCUCGACGCUAUUAAACAGAUUCCAUCAUACGCCAAAUUUUUGAAGGAGUUGUGCACUCACAAACGGCAACUCCAAGUGUAG